GAGUUGGUGGGCCAGCAGGGGGCGAUCUUCCCUCUGGUCAAAUGAACCCCAGGGCGGUGGUGGGGUCACUGUGCUGUAGGACAUGCCAUCUUCCGGAUGAGAGGUUAAACCGAGGUCCUGACUCACUGUGGCCAUUAAAGAUCCCACAACACUCAUUGCAAAGAGUAAGGGGUUCCCUGGCGUCUUGGCGAAAUUCCCAACCUGGCUCUCUCAACCUGCCGGCGAAAAACUGUUCUCUCCAUCUUCGCCUCAGCUGAUGUGUGGUGAGUGUUCUGGCGCAAUAGAGUUUCCCCCUCUUCACUGUGAAAAGCAUUUGAUUUGAGAAAAGAACAACAUAAAUGCUAGCCAUUAUUAUUCUUAAGAGCUGAUUACAUUCUCUGAGCUCACAGUUUGUAAAUAAACUUUUCAGGGGAAAAAAAAUUCUAUUUCUGUCUUGAAAAGGAGCAAACACCAGCUACGCUACUCUCCUACCAGCUAUGAACUCCUGCAGCUGAAAGAACGCAGUAAAUAACAGGAAUAAAACUGACACUUUCAAAAAAACGUCUCAGUCCCUAAAUCUGCAUCUAAUACCCCUGGCCCCGAAGCAAUACUGUGCACGCGCGGAAAUAUUCAAAAAAUUGGCUACAGGCGCACUUAAGAAUCCAGGAAAGCUCCCAAAAAGCGCGAGACAUAUCAGUGUUGAAUUUUAACACGGUUCCCAGAUAUUUUCGUGUUAUUGCAAUAAUCGGACCUGCGCGUUACUAACGACAGUAAGGAAGCCGCUACAAGAAAAACGCAUUCUGUGGCUAGCUGAGCUUUAUUAGGGGAAGGAUAACUUAUAUUAAUUCGUUUUGCUUUUAUGCAAUGCUACUGUAAUUGCUUUGAGGAAAUCGUUUAAAACACAGUCUAUUGCGCAAACAAUUAAAGAGAAAUUUCGAUCAUUUUGUUUAAUUUAUCUGGCGGUACGGAUAGCCAACUCUGUCCGUGACUGUCCGUGACCCAGAGCUAACGAUGCUAGGUUGCGUCCAACUGGCGCUUCUCGCGCUGCUGUGCGGCGAGGUCACCACGGGACCGAAGGUGGUCAAGAAGCCGCCGCGCGCCCGUCCGUGUCUGGACUUACCGGAAGAGAUCCUGGAGCAAAUGUUCGGUCGGCUCUCGGUCGGCGUCCUCAGCGCCUUCCACCACACGCUUCAGCUCGAGCCCGCGGAGAGCGGAAACCUCACCUGCCCGUCAGCGGGUCGCGCGAGCCCAAGCAGCAAGUCCAGGGCGCCCGUCAACGUGCUCAGCAUCUCCCCCUGGGCAUACAGAAUAACCCACGACCCCGCGCGGUACCCCCGCUUCAUCCCGGAGGCCUACUGCCUGUGCCAGGGCUGCCUGCUCGGCCCGCGCGGCGAGGAGAGCGUGCGCCACCGCAGCGCCCCCGUCUACAUGCCCACCGCCAUCCUGCGCCGCACCGGCACCUGCGCCGGCGGCCGCCACACCUACGUGGAGCGCUACGUCUCCAUCGCCGUGGGCUGCACCUGCGUGCCGCUCCUGGAUGAGCGCCCCGAGGCCGGAAACCAGAGCCGGGAAGGGGAGGAGCGGAGAGCGGGCGGAGCAAACCGGAGCUCAAUGGCAUUGCGACAGAGAAAUAGGUACGACUCCAAAAUUCUCACCACCGGAUAAGUCGAGAGUCCAAGACAUGACCUGCAUUUCAAAUUAGUUUCUCGACCAUAAAGCAAAUACUGCCAUCUGCUGAAAACCUGUGGUCAUAACAUCACAACUUCUCAGGUUAGGACUCCGCGCUGAGUGCGGGCGAGGGAGGGAAAUUAUAUUGUGCCACAAAAUUAACUCGGAAACAAAUUCGCAUUGCGUGAGAAGGACUUUCAAUAUUUAUUCAUCAAUACCUAUUUUUCUUCUUGUGUUUAUAAUAGAUAAUAUGUAUGUAUUCUGUAGACUUUUUCAUAGGUAUUACUAUUUUGUGGGAAUUGUGAUACAGCCAUACCCCUCAAUUAUGAAAUUUGUAUGACUCUCAUAACUUUGUAAACUUUGAUAUUUGUAUUUUUCAAAAAUAAAAGAAAGUUAUGAAAUAUGCUAUA